AUGAGUGAUCAGAUCAGCAUCGCCCCCGCCGGGCGGCGAUUGAAACUGCAGAGGGAAUUUGGUGAGUUGCUUUACAAGGCUGGUCUUUGGGAGGAGGCUGUGGACCAGUUUCUGCGAGUUCAGGAGGCGGCUCCAAGCAACAUCGAGACAAUGAUGGCACUUGCGCAGAUCUUUAGCAAGCUUGGCCGAACUGACGGACUCGUCCAUCUCGAGAAUCAGGUGAUGCGGAUUUGUUGUGAUCCGGAGGAUUUUCGGUUGGAGCUCGAACUAUCGUCUCGACUUAGCAAGUUCAGGGCUGAGGCAGAAGCUGUUUUGACCGACAUCCCCCUUGAGCGCCGCAUCGAAAAUUAUGCUAUCUGGCAUCUGGAGUCUGUCACUGCAGUGUCGCAGCAUUCAGCCAUUUACCAUCUCAUCUCCAAGGACCUGAAACGAGGCACUCCGAAUCCCAGAGGUCGCGGAAGAAGUGUUUGGUCCAAGGUCUGGCACACCACUUUGUUGGCUGAAGUGGGUGCCAAUGCUGAAGGUCCACUGCUAUGGGUGGAGCGUGAUUACACACCAAUCAGUACAUCUCAGGAAUGGGAGCGAGGUCACUGCGACCUUUUGGUCAAGGUUUACAAAGACGGUCAGGCAACUUCAUGGUUGAGCCGGCAGCCGCUUGGCACCCGGAUCUGGCUAUCGCAGCCCUUGAGAACGUUGGGUGUUCCAAGCUUGGUGCCUCAGUCGGAGUUGAAUGAAACUGGAUUUCGCCCUGCUAGCUAUCUGCUCCUCCUUGCCGGGACUGGCAUUGUCGUGGCUGAACAGGUGUUGCACCAUACUGAGACGGGCAAAUGCUUCGGCGCUUCACCUGCCCUCACCGCACCAAUCAGGCUGAUACAGUCAUGCCGGUCCGACGACGUCCUCAUGACCUCCGAGCUGCUGGGUUGGUGUAACGAGGCUGUUCAGUGGUAUUCCGUUCUGCUUCUCUUCUCCCUAUAA